UGUGUCCCCGUUGUAGUCCCGGAAGUGGGUGCAGAGCAAAGCUAAAACCGGGAGUUUAUGGGAUGUCUUCGUUAUCCCGUUUAUUCACUGUCUUGAUUAUAGUUCGCUAAACAUAAGGAGAAUCCAUUUCCAGAAAAUAAAAUGGAGCAAGAAUUUUAUAGCUUAAAGGAGCAGCUUUUGGAGAAAGAUAAGGAGAUAGCUGUUCUAAAGGAUAAACUAGCACGAUUACAGAAGGUAAAUUCUAUCGACAUGCAAGAAAAUGUCAGUCCGCUGCCACCCCUGAAAGCGAAAGCGACUCUGUCAAACGAAGAAAUAAUGCGGUACAGCAGACAGCUCCUCCUUCCAGAGCUUGGUGUGCAAGGACAGCUACUCCUGUCUCGCACGUCGGUGCUGGUGGUCGGAUGUGGCGGACUGGGUUGCCCCCUGGCGCAGUACCUGGCUGCGGCUGGCAUCGGGCGUCUGGGUCUUCUGGACUACGACGAGGUGGAGCUGAGUAACCUGCACAGACAGGUGCUUCACGGAGAAGACACGCAAGGGAAACCCAAAUCCCUGUCAGCCGCGCAGGCCGUCGGAAGGCUGAACUCCGCGGUGCAUUGUGUGCCGUACCACCUGCAGCUCUCUCCCGACAACGCGCUGCGGCUCAUUCAGCAGUACGACAUUGUGGCUGACUGCUCGGACAAUGUGCCCACGCGUUACCUGGUGAACGAUGCUUGCGUUCUGAGCGGGAAGCCUCUGGUGUCCGCCAGCGCCCUGCGGAUGGAGGGACAGCUGACAGUAUAUAACUACCGUGGAGGGCCUUGCUACAGGUGCUUGUACCCUGUGCCCCCGCCCCUGGAGACGGUAACCAAUUGCUCCGAUGGAGGGGUCUUGGGCGUCGUGCCAGGGAUUAUGGGCUGCUUCCAAGCCCUGGAGGUUCUGAAGAUCGCCUCUGGCCAGGGAUCGUCCCUCGGGCAGCAGCUGCUGAUGUUCGAGGCCCAGACGUCCCGUCUCCGCUCAAUCCGACUCCGUUCCCGGCAGACGGAGUGCGUGGUGUGUGGGGAUAGACCAACCGUCACUGAGCUGCAGAACUACGAGGAGUUCUGCGGAUCUGCUGCUACGGACAAAUGUCGCAGACUCACCCUGCUUUCCAGUGAACAGAGGAUAUCUGUCCAGGAAUAUAAGGAGAUUGUGGAUAGUGGGAGACCCCACCUCUUGCUGGACGUUCGCCCCCUAGUGGAAGUGAACAUUUGCCACCUGCCCUUUUCUCUCAAUAUUCCACUUGCAAGCUUAGAGGACAGGAAAGCAGAAGAUAUGCAGAAGCUUAAAGAGAAGAUAUCAGACUCCAAACAGCAGACAGAGAUGAGCAUUCCUGUGUACAUCAUCUGCAAGUUGGGCAACGACUCUCAGAAGGCGGUCCAGGUCCUGGAGCAAAUGUCCGGCGUGGACACUGAGAAUGUGACGGUGAAGGACAUCUGCGGAGGCUUGAUGGCAUGGGCUCAGAAGAUCGACCCGAGUUUCCCGCAAUACUGACUCCGGGCAACCUGUGCAGAAAGGCCGGGAAAUGUGGUUAAAUUUACGCUAACAGUGACUCCCAUAUACUAACUGCAGUCUAUUAAUCUUUAACUCCAUUUAGCUGCAGGUUUCCAGUGCAGAUGUGUUAAUGCCUGUCAGUGGAAAGGUAACACUCAGGAACAGUCAAUCAGGCUGCCAUCUUAGCACCCGCAACACAGUGGAACUGUCAAUAUUUACAAAUUUUGCAUGUCCAAUGAUCUUUUGAUGUAGCAGUUGUUAAUUCAUUGGGGGAGGGGGGUAAUAGGAAUUUUGUGAGGGUGGGAAGUUUUAAAGAGCAUCAUGAAUGCAAGAAUAACUGCUACUUAAGAGUUUUUAUAUUGUGUUUGCAACUUUCUCGUCUUCUCUGCUGUUAAGUUUCUCCAUUGUUUAUCAGUCAUAUAUUAAAAAUAUACAGGAACCUAAA